GUCCGAUAUUUGUUCUUCGGUUUUGUCAUUCAUCUACUAGUUGUUUGUAAAUCCCUAAGCUGUUAACAUGGGUUUGAAAAUUCCAUCCCUAAGCCGUUAACAUGGGUUUGAAAAUUCCAAAACGUGGAAAAGUCUUAUUUUUUCCAUUAAAGACAAAAAAGGGAAAAGAUACUUCUUGCACACCAAGAAACUGAUAAGAUUUUUAUGAGCAAUAUGCAUGUUAGAUCUUUAGAUCCCAUUUUGUGAAGAAAAUUGUCCUGGGUUUUUGUUUCUACUGUGAUUUGAAGCAACCCACAUAGAAAGUAUAAUCCAAUCUAUUGAAAAAGAACAUAUGUUUUUCAAAAUGACUGGUUCACCAACAACGACAACAGAAACCCAAAAUCAACAAGAGCAGAACCGACUCUGCGAUUACUGCAAUGACUCUACGGCUCUUCUCUAUUGCCGAGCCGACUCAGCGAAGCUCUGUUUUUCCUGCGACCGGGAGGUCCACUCCACAAACCAGCUCUUCUCUAAGCACUCUCGCUCGCAGCUGUGUGAGUCCUGUUGCGUGUCCCCUGCUUCGAUCAUCUGUGAAACGGAGCACUCUGUUCUGUGCCAAAACUGCGACUGGGACCAUCAUGGAUUGUCGUUAUCGUCCUUGCACAAUCGAAGGGCGAUUGAGGGGUUCACUGGAUGCCCCAGUGUGAGUGAAUUGCUAGGGAUUUUUGGGUUCGAUGAUGUUGGUAGCAAGACACUAUUUUUGAAUGAAGAUAGUGAUUAUGGUGGGUUAGGGGUUGAUGGGUAUCUGGAUUUCUCGAUGUGGGAAACCCCUGUUGUUAGUAUUAAUGAUAUGAUUGUUUCGAGUGGUUUGGGUCAUGAUUUUCAGGCUAUGGAUGUUCCUCCUCUACCAAAGCAUCGUAAUGCUGCUUGUGGGAAAGAAAAGGAAGAAACACUUCGUCAGCUUCGUGAACUGGCGGAGUUGGAACCUAAUUUCGAUUUCACAAGUGUAGAUGUUGAGCCGAUUAGAGGAUUUCAGUCACUGGAGACUGGACAAAUUCAGGACAUAGACCAGAAACCCGAUGCACUGCCAAUUUCAUUUCCUACUUGCGAGGAUAGUGUGGUUCAGUGGUUGAGUGACAGUGGUGAGGAUGCACCGGGUUUCUUUCCUUCUACAUUAGUAGAAAACCAUUUUGAGGAAAACUAUUUAGCUCAUGAGAAAUGUUCAGAUGGUGGCUAUGGAAGUCACACUAGCAAUACUCAUGAGGGACAACCAGCUGAUUCAAUUCCUACUGAGAACAUGUCAAAUUUCCCAAAAUUUGCUCAGUAUGAGUUGAAUAGCGAGGAGAAAGACUCUGCAAUCUCACGAUACAAGGAGAAGAAGAAAACAAGGAGGUAUGACAAGCACAUUAGGUAUGAGUCAAGGAAGGCUCGGGCAGAAAGCAGAAAGAGAAUCAAAGGACGUUUUGCUAAGACAGAUCACUGAGUGCUGGUAUGGAGGUGUGCCAUGCUUGAUCAUGCUUGCUUUAUAUAAAAGCCAUGGCUGAUAUUGAUCUGGCUUUAUUCAAAGAGUCUGAAAGUAGUUGGGUUUGGUGGCUCAUCAGCUUACACAGAGAGAGAGAGAGAGAGAGAG